AUGUUUUACGAAGACCUUACUGUAGGUGUGUACGAUCAACGCAGCGCGGCGGCUUUACGACAGACCUCCAGAAAUCAAAGUGAGAUUGCUACGUCAAAUACAACUGAAGAAGUGGAUUCCAUUGGGAACUCUAAUGAAGCGGUAAGCUCGUCCAAUGCAUUCAAUCGAUCAGUACCUGGUGAAUUGUUUUUGGCUUCCUCACCGUCGUCUGCUGGUGCAUCGCCUUCACCUCCUCCUAUACCGAGACGCACACUCCAGCUACGUAGAAUGGGUGAAACUCACCACUCAUCACAGCCUCUAGCCUCAUCCACGGCAAAUACCUCGGGCCUAUUUUCUCGCCACAGCCCCAGGUCUGUAUUCGUCCGCCAUCCAUAUGUUCAACUAGUUAUCUCAUCACGUGAAAAUUUAUCACGCCAGAAUGAGUCAGCAAAUGGAAAUAUUAUAACCCACGAAUUUUCUGACGACGAUAGUGGUCAUUUAAUACGUUCUGAAGGUGUCACCAGAUCCGGAAGAAGAACCACAGGCCGUAUGUCAGCAACAAACACACGUUCAGUGUCUUCCUCAAAUACUGUAUCUGCUUGUCUUUCACCACGUACCAGGCAUAACAGACGCUCUCAAAAUGCCCUUGAACGUUCAAGUAUUCGAGCUGCAUUAGCUACUGCAAGAUCCCCGUGUCGUGAAAGUGAUGAUGAUUGUGUAAUAUGUUUGUGCAAAAAGUCAAACCGCUGUGUGGUAUUGCCGUGUAUGCAUACAUUUUGUUUCGAUUGUAUUUAUCGAUGGUUAUGUAUCAAUCCUUCUUGUCCACUGUGUAAAUGUUUGGUUGAAAGAAUUAUUUACUCCAUCAUUUCUGAUACCGAAUACACUGAAAUAUUGGUAUCUGACCUACACAGAGACGAUGGGUUUAUUACAGUGAAUAGCUUGCCAGCUGAAAUGGAGAUAGAUGAAGAAUACUUAGACCCACCUGCAGGAGACGACACCGUUCCACAACCACACCAUCGUUAUAACUAUCAGCAAUUGGGUACUCAUCUUCUGAACUACUUGAAUAAUAUUACUCGUUUAUCGGCCGAUGGGACACUACUUGUACCUCCUCUUGUUUUACCUGGAAGCUCAAAUGUCGAUUCUUCAUCAAGCACGUCGCAAACAAGGAAUUCGACAGUUCCGAAUAAUGAAAAUUGUGUUACUUUUUUAAUCUCCUUGGUUGACCGUGCUAUUCGACUCGGUUCUACUGUAAUUAACGAUGGCUUAUUGCUCCGUCAGUUGGUGUAUGUUUUUCAGCUUUAUUCAUUUCCUGAAGGAGAGCCAGAAUUCAUACGAAACCUCAGUCCCGAAUUCCUAGCAACAAAUGAAACUUAUCGUCACAGACUUGCAGCGUUUAUCCGUCGUGACUUACGUGUUAUAGCUCCAUGGCUGGCAUAUGAUGUUUCUCAUGGUUCGCAGAGUAAUAGUGAACAUUUCAGUGUUGAAUCUUAUAAUGCUGCUGUGACAACGCCCCUUAUUUAUGGUGCCCCUGGCUUGGAAGCUGAAACAAGAGAAUUAGAUGGUCUGACUAAUUUGGUCCUCCAACACAUAUGUACAGUUCACAUUACAAAUCAGCAAUCGAUUGUUGAUCUUCUGGGGAGUCAGCCUGCUCUUCAUUCGUCACUGGUACCCACUGCAUACCUUCGUCAUUUUGCUUCAGAAGUUUUACAGUUUGCUAUGUUUGAUGGAACUAUAGAGCAGUACGACCGUGCGGUUUCUUUACUUCAGCGUAGAAUAGGUCAGGCUGGAUUAUCAAAUGAAAGAGAACCAUGUAGGCUUUAUCAACGGCUCUCUUUUGAUCGCCGCUUAGUUGUGUAUGUUGCUGCUAAUUCUCGGGUUCAUCCCCGUACAGGUUUUAUUCAACCCCGGGGUUUUAUCUAUCCUUUAGCCAAUUGGUUAUUACAAAGACUUUUUGUUCAUACCGUAUGUGAUAGUCAUCCCGACAUUAUUGCCGAAACAGGUAAUCGGCCCAACUCACCAAACAUAGUGUAUUGUUCGGGACCAUUACUUGGAUGUCAUUCUUAUUGUUGUCGCCUAACAGGUACUGGUUAUAGUCUUCUGGAAGCCAUUUUUUCUCUCUUCACAUUAAGGAGUCAGGUUUCGGGAGAAACUACGAAUACAUUACCUGAUGACACUGUUAACACUCCCAGAAUUUAUUUCAGCCAGCUUUUAUACCAACGCAUAUUGAGUGAAUGUAUUGAUCACGCACGCUUUAGUGAAGCUCUAAGUACGCAUUUCAGUCUGUAUAAUAAUUGCUUCCCCGUGAUACGCGUGACACCUCAAAGUUCAGAAGGUAAUCCACCUAUUUCUGCCUCCGCUCAUCGUACUGACAAUACAAAUUCCGUUCGUAAUGUAAAUAACAUCCCAGUAUAUUCUGCCCACUUGAGAUCAGCUUUGCUGAUGUACCCACUAGCAUUAAGACGUCUGGAUGGUCUUCUUCUUCUCUUCUCAGCAAGAGUCUCUGGUUUAAGUAAUGAUCGAGAGCGAAUGGUCAGCGAAUUGCUUCAUAUGCCGCUGUUGUCACUGAACAAUAAACCUUCAACAGUUAUUGAUCUCACAAACUCUACAACUGCAGUUAGCGGAUCACAAACAAUUUUAACGCGCUCAGAAAGUCAACCACAAUCCUUGCAAAGCGUGAAUACUACUAGAGCACCUUACGCUUCAAGAUUGUCAUUUAUCGAUGGGGAAUUCCUAACUCAUGUCGACCAUUCUUCGAUUUCGUCAAAUAGUACUCAUGUGGUUUGUAGUGAUAUUAAUUCUGUUAAUUCGAAUUCUGCUGUAUCCAAUCAACCGACACCUAGUAACACAUUUUGCUUUCAAGAUAGUCGAAGUUCUUCUUUAAGAACACUGGCUAACGAAACUAUCUCAAUUCGAAAUUCAUCCAGUGGCUGCCCUGAAACAGCCCAAUAUCUUAUUAUAUCUUCGGAUUCGUCUGAUGAAGAAGUGACCGUCCAUCGUAAGGUUACUGGAACUGCUGUUAAACUCAUAGAGACAACUUCUGAUGAAUCUGAACAUGAUAAUAAUUCCUGCCGAAAUGAAUUGAGAAAUACUUGUGGAUGUGAGGAAUACCAUUGUUCAUCACACGGGACAGACCCUAGUAUAUCUUUACAAAGCAAUAUGCCGCUUACGAAUAUGUAUGCAUCUACUUCAGCUCAAACAACACAGAAUAAUACGGCUAGUCAUUUUGUGGUUACAUCCAAUAACUCAGUUGAUAAUACAGAAGAUACUACUAAGGAAGGUUCAGUCAACUUAUCGCUUUCAUGUACUCGUAUUUCAAGUAGUAAUCGGGCUGAUUCAAUCACUAAUCAGCAGUCAUCCAUAACUGGUCAUGAAGAAUCUAUGAAAAUCUAUGAAGCAUCCGAAACAGUUUUUCCAUCUUCAUCAAAAGAUUGGAAAACAUCAAUGACUGCAAAGUAUAAACUUUCAGUAACUGACGGUAGUGACACAACACAAUCACUUUCCUCAGAAAAUACUAGAACUACAGCUAGUGUGUACGCGCCAACUACCCUGUCUCCUAGAAAUUCUUUGAAGCUUUAUUAUCACUCCCUGACAAAACGUCCAUCAUACUACCAUCGUCGUAAACGCAAGUUGGAUUUCAAUUUAAAUCACUCAGAAAGCACGGAUAGUGAUUGUGAACUUGUUGGAGAAUCAAUAAAGAUAUGUGAUGAUUGUUCCUGUUCCGUUUCCGAAACGAGUUCGUCUUCCUUAGAUGGUCCUCAGAAUGCUGCAAAACUCAGUCCUACACUAAUUCAUUUUUGCAGUCCAUCCAAAUGUAAAAGCUCUCACAAGAAACAUCAUAGUUAUUGUAACCAUCAUGAGCGAUCAUGCUGUUGCCACAAUCAAUCAAAGUGUCGCGAAAAAACUAUCAUUCAGAUCCCCGAUGAACUAAUUUACUUGAAUAAUCCAACUUCUCCUGUUGUUAUUUCAGAUGAUACUGAUGAUAUUACUGAGUCUCAUAAGGUUGUUGGUGGAAAUAGGAUUGAUUCAAUACACGCCAAUCAACAUAUUUAUUCGGAGAACCAGGAAACUACUGUGUCACAACUACCUCAUGUUUCCGUCAUUAAUGUAGGCACUUCGCUGUCAUUUUCAGCUGGAACAGGACGCAGUGCAUCGCCUAAUCAUUGUCAAAAUGAUUCUGUUUGUUCUCACCAGACUUAUAAUAUAAAUUCCGGUUCUGAACCACAUGUUAGAAUGCUUGAACCUUCUACUGCCGAUGAUUUUUAUCGCGUGCUUGAUAAAUAUGCCAGUCAAAGUUAGGGUUCAACACAUGUGGCUUCCAGAGCAGAUGAAACACCUGUCCCAUCAUCAUCUCGUCAUAAAUCCAAUCAAACAGAUAACAUAAAUUUACCAUCUUCUAGUACAUCCAGGUUACCCAAUCGCGGGACACAAAAGGAUCAUGAAGUGUUAAAUCAAUCGAAUCAGUAACAACAUAGUCUGUUCCUCUUUGAAUUUGUCUAAUUGAAUACCACGUGUAUCUCCAGUGAAACAAUCGGCAUUUUGUGAUUUCUCUGUAUAUAGAAAUGAAGUAACGUCGAUAAAUGUCUGAGUGUGGCUUUAAUAAAAAAAUAAAGAGUAAGAAAAGACACAAACAGCUCCCACAUUGUUUUCGUUAAUUGUUGAGUUUUUUUUAUAAAUUAUUAUAUGCUCCAUAACAUUUAAGUAACAAACAUUAUAUUGUGUAAAGAGCUUCAUUUUUAUGUUCUAAUCAAUGUAUUAACUAGAUAGAUUUUUAUGAAGAAAGCUAUGUUGUAAUUCGUUUCUGUUGUUAAAUUUGUUCAUGUUCAUGAUCCUGUGUACUACCACUUGUUAAAAAUGUUUAGAAAUAUCAAUCCCUAUUGUUAUCUUUAUCAGAAAAUAUCUAUUUGCCUAAACCUUGAAAUCACGUAGAUGCAAAUGUAAAAUUGAUUACUG